UAAAAAAGGAAGUAGUUGUACUCAGAAAUUCUCAGCCUUUGGGGUUUAGAAAAACUUUUAGAAGAAGAGUGAAGAUCUAAAGCUGAGUGAGAUGUGGAGUUGGGUAAAGUGAAGGUAUCUGGACAGAAGACCCAAGAAGCACUUGCUCAGAGCCUCUUCCAGCACUCCUCAGACACACAGCAGACACCACAGGCUUGAAGAAAGCACCUUUUCUGCUGCCAUGACAACCCUGCAGGAACCGCAACAGAUCACACCAGGGGCUGGGCCUGGUGUACCCCAGAUGGGAAAGCCUGCUACUCUACACUCAUACCUGUGGAAAGGGAUGCCAGAGAAAUUCUUGAAAGGGGAACCCAAGGUCCUUGGGGUUGUCCAGAUCCUGAUUGCCUUGAUGAACCUCAGCUUGGGAAUAAUAAUGAUGUGUGUCUCUUUGCCAUUUAGUGUACCAAAUCCCAUUUCAGUAUACACUUGGUACCCAGUGUGGGGGUCAGUGAUGUUUAUUGUUUCAGGGUCCUUGUCAAUUGCAGCAGGAAAUAGAACUACACGAGGUCUGGUGCAAGGUAGCCUAGGAUUGAAUAUCACCAGCUCAGUCGUGGCUGCCAUAGGCAUCAUACUCACUGCGUUGAGCCUGACUAUUUUUUCAUCCAGCCACCCUUAUUGUGACUCUAAUCGGAUGCCAGAAAACUGUGCCAUGAUCUGGUCCAUGUUAAUGAAGGCAUCCAUAAGGUCUGCCUGGAAUCUGAAGCAGCAGGUAUCUUCUUACCUGGGCAUCUGCACUUUCAGCCCACAAGUCUGUGAGACCGUAUUUUGUGCUCAAUCCAAGAACCAGCACUCUGGGAGACAUAGGAAGGUAACCAUGUUCUUGCCUUCAGGGAACUCUAGUCUAGUCCUCCGGAGAGGAAAAUAUCAUCAUCACCAUAAUUAUCAUUCAUCGUCAUCUUCAUCCCAGCAGUUAGUUUUCCAAAGGGUCAGAGGAUUUACUUUGAAAUAUAAUUGUCAAAAGAGGUUAGAAGAUGGCGAGAUCUUUGUAGAUAAAUAUUUAGAUAGCACAUUACCUGGUUUCAUUGGGUAGAAGUACAUGAAACUUGCCAGUGAUCAAGUAUACUUGACCUAGAAAAACAGCAAUUCCAUGUGGCUCAAACUAAUACAUUUUUAUUUGCUACUUUUUGUUGAAAAUGCAGCCUGGCACUGGUUUUUGUAAACAAAGUUUUGUUAAAAUACAGCCUCAUUCAUUUGUUAACAUGUUGUGUCAGGCUGCUUUUGCACUAUAAGGGGAGAGUUGAGCAAUUGCAACAGAGACCUUAUAGCCUGCAAAGCUUUAAGUAUUUACUAUCUGGCCCCUUACAGAAAAAGUUUGCCAACCUCUGUUCUACCCCUCUAGAUGGUACGAUCCUUGAAGACAAGGAAAUUGUCUGUUUUUUCAUUUGCUCCAGUACCUUCGGUACCUACAACAAUGCUCAAAAUACAAAAGUUACUGAAUAAAUAUUUGUUCGAGGGAUGAGUGAAUAGAUAAUGAAGUAAUUAACACAAACACUCUUAGGUCCACUUGAUUCUGUAUUAUAUCCUGAGCCCCUCAUCCUUGGAUUCCUCCAGACCAGAGGGACUAUCUCUGUGCAAGGAGAGAAAGGAGAAAAUGAUUAGACCAAAAAAUCCCAGGCAAUAUUUUAGGAUAAGAUUAUUAGGAAUAAGAGUACUUCCCAAUGUCCCUCAAAUCUGAGUACGUGUUUUGGCUAAAGAUUGGAUCUAAAGCCAGUUCUCCUAGAGUAUGGAUUAGAGACAGAUUCAUUUGGUGUUCAUUACUACAUUGUUGUUGUGUGCCAUCAAGUUGAUUUCAACUCAUAGUGACCCUGUAGGGCAGAGUAGAACUGCCAAAUAGGGUUUCCAAGGAGCAGCUAGUGGAUUUGAACUACCACUUUUGGUUAGCAGCUGAGCUGUUAACCACUAUGCAACCAAGGCUCUAUUACUACAUUAGUUUCUAAUUACUUCUGCAAUAAAUUACCACAGACUUAGUUAAUUAAAACAAAACAAAUUUAUUACCUUUUGUUUCUGGGAGUUGAAGGCUGAAAUGGAUCUUACUGGGCUAACAUCAAGAUUUUAGCAGGGCUAUGUUGUCUCCAGAAGCUCUAGGGGAGAAUCUGGUUACUUGUCUUUUCCAUCUUCUAGAGGCUACCUGCAUUCCUUGACUCAUGGACCCUUACUCUAUCUUCAAAGCAAGCAGCGCAGUAUCUUCAAAUUGUUCUCUGAUUUCUUCCUCUUACUUCUACUUACAAGAAUGCUUAUAAAUUAAAUUUGACCCAUGGGGAUAAUUCAGGAUAAUCUCCCCAUCUCAAAGCAGCUGAUUAGCAGCCUUUGCCAUGUAAUUUAACAUAUUCACAGAUUCUGGGGAUUAAGACCUGGACCUCUUUGGGGGGAACAUUUUCAACCAACAAUGACUAAGCUAUGAGAUCAUAUCAUAAUGCCCACCUUAUGGAAUUUCUAGUGUUUGAAAGGACUAAGAUGACAAUGAUCUUUAUGAUCUGUUUCUCCUUUUUUAAAGUGCUUUCACAGUCUGUGCUAACAAUAGCACUGGAAUGUAGAGGACAGGGGAUUAAAAAAAAAAAAGCGUGACUAUUUUA